AACAACAACGGCCGCUUCAAUCCCGUCUGCGCCGCAAGGAAACAGGGAGGAGGGUAGCCUAUACCCCGACGCACUCGAAAUCAGGCGGAAACGAAAGCCAGCCAGCGAGCGCGCACAGCACAGCACAGGAGCGAACCCUCCCCCGCCUCCCCAUUCAUUCCCGUUCAUCACUGCUGAGCCGGAACUCACGCUCCCCCUCCCCCUCCGCUACCACCCACCAUACACACCAUGGCUUACGACCAAGCGCGCCCGCACCAAACGAUGCGGCGUCCCUUCCCCGCGCAGCAGCAGCAACAGCAGCACCAAGUCUACGACGACGAGCCAGAGGUUGACCUUAGCGGCCUAUACGACGGCGGCCCAUAUGCACUGUCGUCUACGGCAGCGCGCGGGAAGCGGGCGCCCGCGAAGUCGGCUAGCCAGCCGCAUAACCUCCAUGGACAGUAUGAGAUGGACGGCAGGCCAGGUGGCGCAGGAGGGGCUAUGAGGUCACAGAGUCAGCAGCAGCGACGUCCACCGCCAGACGCUCGCCGGAACGGGCCAGGUCCUGGCCCAGGCCCUGGUUACGGUUACGGUGUGGAUGAGGGGAUGAGGAGUAUGCAUAUCGGUGCGAACGGACAGAGUCGGGGGCCGCAGGGACCGCCGCGUGGUGGUGGACAGUUUAGAGGCGGCGAUCCAAGGAUGGAUAGAGGAGGAGGGGGAAUGGGGAUGCGGCAAGGCGGGCAGAUGCGCGCGCCGCAUGGUAGUUACGAUAGUGGACGGGGAGGACCGCCGAUGGGCUACGAUAGUGGACGUGGAGGACCGCCGAUGGGCUACGAUAUGGGGCGGAGCGGACAUCCGCAGCAACAGAGGUUACCGCCCAGAGGUGGGAGAGGGUUUGCGAAUGGUGGGAGCGGGGACCAUCCGCCAUCUGGUAGACCACCGCCCAUACAGGGUGCGCCGAACGGCUAUGGACAGAUUCACCCGGCGGAUGACUCGGGAUACCGGCUCUACCCCGGGGAAUAUCAAAGUGCACCGGAACCUACGAUGGGGGUUCAGAGGAGUCAGACGAUGCCCACGAUCUCCGCCCAACCCCAGUACCAAGCCUAUAAUCCUGCCGCGCAUGCCCCCGCAGUCGUGCCUAAGGCCGAAGUGAGGCAGAAUCCGGCGUAUGGUGUCCGAGGGCCGCCAGAGUCACAGUGGCCGAGGGAGAGUGUGGCGGACGUACUCGACGCAUACUUUCAGGAAGCGGAUUAUUACGACGAUUAUGUGGAUGACUACGCCGAUGCCUAUACGUAUCAGAACGCGCCGGCAGGACAUGCGGCACAGUCCAACUUCCCGCAAGCUGCACCACCCGGCACUGCGCACCCGCAAGCCAACGGUCAAUGGAACGGUGGAGAUUCGGACUUUGCCCAGCAAGCAUACCGCAGCCGGUCGCAGCCCGAUCUCGCGGGCCAGUACAGCGCCGGAGCCCACUACGAUGGACCGGCAGAGAUGCCUGCUGAUCUUCCGCCAAUACCGCGUCCCUCGAUCGACGGGUACAGCAUACCUCCGCGGUCGAACGUUCCUGCGGCGCUACGUAUGGGCUCGCCAGCUCCGAGAAGCAUCCGCUCGAAUCACUCGAUCCGCUCUGUACAGAGUUCCGCACUACCGCAAAGAAGACCUUCGGUCCAACAGGACGGCGGACUACCUGCGCAUCCUUCUCCAGCUGAGCUCCGCGAAGCCGAACAAGUGGCCAUGCGUCACUCCAAUCCCGAUCUACUCCCUGCGCAUCCACCGCCCGUACGGCCAGGAUUGCUGCAAGAUGCUGCUGGUGGCCCCACCCAUACUCCGCCGCCUCCCAUACGGCAGUAUGAAGAUGACCGCAGGACGGAUAGGCCAUCGCCCACGAGUGCUGAAGCGCCGGUGACCAUGCAGGAAUUGGAGCAGAUGCGGAAUCAGGCGACAAUGAAUCCUAAUGACAAUACGCUCCAGCUCAAACUGGCGAAGAAGAUGGUCGAGGCGGCGACAACACUGGCCAGUGAGGGCGGCCGCGCAGAUAUCAAGACCACCAGGAGGAACAGGGAGAACUACAUUUUUGAUGCUCAUAAAAUCAUCAAGAAAUUGACGAAUGCGUCGUUUCCAGACGCAAUGUUCUAUCUGGCGUCCUGCUAUGGCGAGGGCCAACUGGGAUUGCAGGUGGAUCACGAGCGAGCAUUCAACCUAUACCAGUCUGCCGCUAAACUGAAUCACGCGCCAUCUGCGUAUAGAACUGCAGUUUGCUGCGAGCUUGGUGCCGGAGUCCGUAAGGACCCAACGAGAGCCAUGACAUGGUACAAGAAAGCGGCAGCACUCGGCGAGACGCCGGCGAUGUUCAAACUCGGCAUGAUCAUGUGGAAAGGAUUGUUAGGCCAGACGCGGAACCCGCGGGACGGCUUGAUCUGGCUCAAGAGGGCGGCCGAUCAGGCCGAUGAGGCGAACCAACAUGCGUUACACGAGCUGGGCAUGCUCUAUGAGGGCGAGAACGGUGACGUGGUGAUUCCGGACGUCGAUUACGCGCGCGAGCUUUUCUUGAGGGCUGCCGAGCUCGGGUAUGCGGCGUCCCAGUUCCGUAUGGGCUGCGGGUAUGAGUACGGCACUCUGGGAUGUCCGGUCGACCCACGGAAGAGCAUUGCCUGGUACAGCAAGGCGGCCAUGAAAGGCGACCACGAGGCCCAGCUAGCACUCAGCGGAUGGUACCUCACCGGCUCCGAGGGUGUGAUCCAGCAGAGCGACACGGAGGCCUACCUAUGGGCCCGCAAGGCCGCCGAACACGGGCUUGCAAAGGCGGAGUACGCUCUGGGGUACUACACAGAGGUCGGCAUAGGCGUACCACCCAAUCUCGACGAGGCAAAGAAGUGGUACUAUAAAGCAGCCAGCCAGCAACAUCCCAAAGCCCAGCUCCGACUGCAGGAGCUAAAGAAGGGAGGCACAGCGGCGGUACAGAAGAGCAGAGAACGCCUGUCGCGGUCGAAUGGGAAGCACAAGGAGGAGGGCGAUUGUGUUGUAAUGUAGACGGUUUGGUUUGGUUUGGUUGAGGGAGGGAGGUCCGCGCUGGUGUGGAUCUACCUAGACUGUACAUUGGUUACUUGGCUUGGGUGUACUAUGAUACCAGGUGCUUAUAUCUUCUUCUGGGCCGUUAGCCGUUGG